CUCCGUGUUCCCCGAGCAGCCGCCCGGCACCUGCGCGCGGUCUCCGCCUUUCCCCAGCCUCCUUUCCCCUGCGCUCUCACGCGACAAGCCGCUCCCGGGCUCUAGGAGGCGGCGGCGACAGCGCGUAGCGGGCGCCCCGAGGAACCCCGGGAGGCGGGGUCUGGGCGGGCUGGCGCUCGGUUCCCGGAAGCCGCUGCCUACCUCCGAGGCUCCCGCCGAGCGGACCGGCGCGGCGGCCGGAGCUCCAGCAUCCUCACCCGCGCCUCCUGGAGCCGCCUCCCGGCCGCACGCACCGCGGGCGAGAUGCUGCCCGUGCACACCGAGGUGAAACCCAACCCGCUGCAGGACGCCAACCUCUGCUCGCGCUUGUUCUUCUGGUGGCUCAACCCGUUGUUUAAAGCUGGACAUAAGCGGAGAUUGGAAGAAGAUGACAUGUUUUCAGUGCUCCCAGAAGAUCGCUCAAAGCACCUUGGAGAGGAGUUGCAAGGGUACUGGGAUAAAGAAGUUCUGCGAGCCAAGAAGGACGCGCGGAAGCCUUCCUUAACGAAGGCAAUCGUGAAGUGUUACUGGAAAUCUUACCUGAUUUUGGGAAUUUUUACGUUAAUUGAGGAGACCACCCGAGUAGUUCAGCCCAUAUUUUUAGGGAAAAUUAUUGAUUAUUUUGAGAAGUAUGACCCUGACGACUCGGCGGCCUUGCACACAGCUUACGGCUACGCGGGGGUGCUGUCGCUGUGCACGCUCAUCCUGGCCAUACUACAUCACUUGUAUUUCUACCACGUGCAGUGCGCCGGGAUGAGGAUACGGGUCGCCAUGUGCCACAUGAUUUACCGGAAGGCUCUCCGGCUAAGUAACUCGGCCAUGGGGAAGACAACCACGGGCCAGAUAGUCAACCUGCUGUCCAACGACGUGAACAAGUUUGACCAGGUGACCAUCUUCUUGCACUUCCUGUGGGCAGGACCGCUGCAGGCCAUAGGGGUAACCGUCCUUCUCUGGGUGGAAAUCGGAAUCUCCUGUCUGGCAGGCAUGGCCAUUCUGGUUAUUCUGCUGCCUCUGCAAAGCUGCAUCGGGAAACUGUUCUCGUCACUGCGGAGUAAAACUGCGGCUUUCACGGAUGCCAGGAUCCGGACCAUGAAUGAAGUGAUAACGGGCAUGAGGAUAAUAAAGAUGUACGCGUGGGAGAAGUCAUUCGCCGACCUCAUAACCAAUCUGAGAAAGAAGGAAAUUUCCAAGAUUCUGGGCAGCUCCUACCUCAGAGGGAUGAACAUGGCGUCGUUUUUCAUUGCAAACAAAGUCAUCCUGUUCGUGACCUUCACCACCUAUGUGCUGCUUGGCAAUAAGAUUACAGCUAGCCACGUGUUCGUGGCCAUGACUCUGUAUGGUGCUGUCCGGUUGACAGUCACCCUCUUCUUCCCGUCAGCCAUUGAGAGAGUGUCAGAGGCCGUCGUCAGCGUUCGGAGGAUCAAGAACUUUCUGUUACUCGAUGAACUGCCAGAGCGCAAAGCCCAGGAACCAUCUGAUGGCAAAGCCAUCGUUCACGUGCAAGAUUUUACCGCUUUCUGGGACAAGGCAUUAGACACUCCUACCCUGCAAGGUCUUUCCUUCACUGCCAGACCUGGCGAGUUGUUAGCUGUGGUCGGCCCAGUCGGAGCAGGCAAGUCGUCCCUGUUGAGCGCGGUGCUCGGCGAGCUGCCUCCCACCAGUGGGCUGGUCAGCGUGCAUGGGAGGAUCGCCUACGUUUCCCAGCAGCCCUGGGUGUUCUCAGGAACCGUGAGGAGCAAUAUUUUAUUUGGGAGGAAAUACGAGAAGGAACGCUACGAGAAAGUCAUCAAGGCCUGUGCUCUGAAGAAGGAUUUGCAGCUUCUGGAGGACGGGGAUCUGACUGUCAUAGGCGACCGGGGAGCCACGCUGAGCGGAGGCCAGAAAGCACGGGUGAACUUGGCACGGGCAGUCUACCAGGAUGCCGACAUCUACCUCCUCGAUGAUCCACUCAGUGCUGUUGAUGCGGAAGUGGGCAAGCACCUGUUCCAGCUGUGUAUCUGCCAGACUUUGCACGAGAAGAUCACCAUUUUAGUGACUCACCAGUUACAGUACCUCAAAGCUGCAAGCCACAUCCUCAUACUGAAAGAUGGCGAAAUGGUGCAGAAAGGGACUUACACCGAGUUUCUGAAGUCUGGGGUAGAUUUCGGUUCCCUGCUAAAGAAGGAAAAUGAGGAAGCAGAGCCCUCCCCCAUCCCAGGAACGCCAACACUCAGGAACCGAACCUUCUCCGAGGCCUCGAUUUGGUCUCAGCAGUCAUCCAGACCCUCGUUGAAAGAUGGGGUCCCAGACGCCCAAGAUGCAGAGAAUACUCAGGCAGCUCAACCCGAGGAGAGCCGUUCAGAAGGGAGAAUCGGCUUCAAGGCCUACAAGAACUACUUCUCUGCAGGCGCAUCCUGGUUUUUCAUUAUUUUCCUCGUUCUGCUUAACCUGAUGGGUCAGGUUUUCUACGUCCUUCAGGACUGGUGGCUUUCCCACUGGGCGAAUAGGCAAGGUGCCCUGAACGACACCAAAAACGCGAACGGGAAUGUAACCGGGACCCUGGAUCUCAGCUGGUACUUAGGGAUUUACACAGGUUUAACGGUGGUCACCGUCCUCUUUGGCAUAGCGAGAUCCCUGCUGGUGUUCUACGUCCUCGUGAAUGCUUCCCAGACUCUGCACAACAGGAUGUUCGAGUCGAUCCUGAAGGCACCGGUGCUGUUCUUCGAUAGAAAUCCAAUAGGAAGGAUUUUAAAUCGUUUCUCCAAGGACAUCGGACACAUGGACGACUUGCUUCCCCUAACGUUUCUAGACUUCAUCCAGACCUUGCUCCUCGUCGUAAGUGUGAUCGCCGUGGCGGCGGCCGUGAUCCCUUGGAUCCUCAUACCCCUGGUUCCGCUCUCCAUCAUCUUCGUGGUCCUUCGGAGAUAUUUCUUAGAAACGUCGCGGGACGUCAAGCGCCUGGAGUCCACAACACGGAGCCCGGUCUUCUCCCAUUUAUCAUCCUCCCUCCAGGGACUCUGGACCAUCCGCGCCUAUAAGGCUGAAGAGAGGUGUCAGGAGCUGUUUGAUGCACACCAGGACUUGCAUUCAGAGGCCUGGUUCUUGUUCCUGACGACAUCAAGAUGGUUUGCCGUGCGUCUGGACGCCAUCUGCGCCGUCUUUGUCAUCGUCGUUGCCUUCGGGUCCCUGGUUCUGGCCAAGACUUUGGAUGCUGGGCAGGUUGGCUUGGCCUUGUCCUACUCCCUCACGCUCAUGGGGAUGUUCCAGUGGUCUGUGAGACAGAGCGCCGAAGUAGAGAAUAUGAUGAUUUCUGUGGAGAGGGUGAUUGAAUACACGGACCUAGAGAAGGAGGCGCCUUGGGAAUGCAGGAAGCGCCCACCCCCAGGCUGGCCCCACGAAGGAGUAAUUGUCUUCGACAACGUGAACUUCACCUACAGCUUGGACGGGCCCCUGGUUCUGAAGCACCUGACCGCACUCAUCAAGUCAAGAGAAAAGGUUGGAAUUGUGGGAAGAACUGGAGCUGGAAAAAGUUCCCUCAUCUCAGCCCUCUUCAGGUUGUCAGAACCUGAGGGGAAAAUCUGGAUUGAUAAGAUCUUGACGACUGAAAUUGGACUUCACGAUUUAAGGAAGAAAAUGUCAAUCAUACCUCAGGAACCUGUCCUGUUCACUGGAACCAUGAGGAAGAACCUGGACCCCUUUAAUGAGCACUCAGACGAGGAGCUGUGGAAAGCCCUAGAGGAGGUACAACUUAAAGAGGCCAUAGAAGAUCUUCCUGGUAAAAUGGACACUGAACUAGCAGAAUCGGGAUCCAAUUUCAGUGUUGGACAGAGACAGUUAGUGUGCCUUGCGAGGGCAAUUCUGAAGAAAAACCGGAUACUGAUCAUUGAUGAAGCAACUGCAAAUGUGGAUCCGAGAACUGACGAGUUAAUACAACAGAAAAUCCGGGAGAAGUUUGCCCAGUGCACUGUGCUCACCAUUGCUCACAGACUGAACACCAUCAUUGACAGCGACAAGAUAAUGGUUUUGGAUUCGGGAAGACUGAGAGAAUAUGAUGAGCCGUAUGUUUUGCUGCAGAAUCCAGAGAGCCUCUUUUACAAGAUGGUUCAGCAGCUGGGUAAGGGCGAAGCCACUGCCCUCACCGAAACAGCAAAACAGGUGUACUUCAGACGGAAUUAUCCGGAUAUUGCAUUCACCAGCCCUGCGGUUAUGAGCACCUCCAACGGACAGCCCUCCGCCUUAACGAUAUUUGAAACAGCAUUGUGACUGCUACCAGGACGUCAAGUCUGUUUCCAGGGUGUCCCCCCGCCCCAACAAGGGGCUCGCACUUCUUAGACUACAGCACUCCUGGUUUUCAUUCUGUAACAGAUCCUUCACAGACAAGAGACCGGCGUCUUUGGACUUUCCCCUUCGACCUUAUCCUGUGACUUCAGGUCCUAACAACGUGGCCUGUUGUUUUAUUUAAACGUUCCUACUGUUCUUUACAAAUCCAGUUCUGAGGUGCAGGCCACCGACAGCAGCUGCCUACCAGGUUUUGUGCCUUAACAGACUCUAGGGCCAAAGCCCAUUCGUUUUAUAAGCUGUCACAGUGGGUUGCUUCUUCCUCUUGCCUUAAAAGUACACUCUCCGGGUGUGUCAGGGACUCUGUUUACUUGAAGACGGUGUGCAGAUGCCAGUUUGUUUCCCUGCUUUCUCUGACUUAGCUAGGACCCGUUACUUCCCCCACAAAGGCCUCUGGUUAAGACAGAACAGAUAAAAUUAACAGGAACCACAACAACAACAAACCAAAAAAAAAAAAAAAAUCCAUAUAAUUUAAGUAACAUUUCUGGAGAGAGACUAUCCCACCACCCACACGCAUACAAAGACGCACGUCUCAAGUAUGGAAGGCAUUCAUGUUGGAAAGUCAACUUCUGCUUUCUCAGAAUGGGAGGCCUGGCGCUUCUUAGGUGCCCCUCCCCCUCCGUCUGUGCGAGCCCCUCUGGACUGCCCAUGCACUGAUACACUGGGCGUCGUGACACUUCCCCCAGACAGUGACUCUCAAAUGCAUAAUAUCAAUCUCAUUUUGGCUCCUGGUUUACAGGAGGCAGACCUCCUAUUGGCUGUAAGCCUUUCGUGAAAUCCUUUCAGAUUGACUCCAGAAGCUAGUGAAAACCUGAAAAUCGUUACAGUCAUCCCAUUGUACGCCCUCGGGAUGCUGUGUGGAAGCUUCACUUUCUAGAACCCAUGCAGAUUAGUUAUCUUUGACCACUAAUGGCAGGCCUUGAGGACCUUCUGAUUAGUCAGUCAACAAACCACAACACUUCCUAGGACCUGAGGCACUUCGUGUAACUGUAGGUCUUGAACUUUUCUGGGUGCUGGUGGCGAAGGCCUGUGUCAAUUUCAAGUUGCUAAAGGUUUCACUGUUGUAAUUGAAAGGGGCCUCUUCAUGACCUGCCACUAUAAAGCGUCCUCAAGUUACCUGUGUUACUGUGUAGACACUUACUUCGGUGCAUAUGUGCGGACAUCAACAGCAUCAGGUCUUUAGACUGGUUAACAGCAAAGCCUGUUUUAUAAAAUGGAACCUCAAAAAAGCACACAUCCACCAAACCACCCUAAAACCACAUGGAACACAAUGACUGACCCUUCAUAUUCAGAAGUCUGUAGUGAAUGUUGCGGUGUUCAGUUCAGUAAAUGAUGACCGUUCAUCCCUUCUUGGUAGCCAUGGUUUAUAUUUUGAGAGAUUGAGAUGUGACACUGACAAUAAUAAUGUCUGUUUGAAUAUUUAGAAAUGUCUUAAUGUGUCUAUGUUUAUGUUUGUGUGGUUUUUGGAGAUUAAAAGCGGUCAUACAAAUGUG